CCAGGGGUAGAUCUGAAGAAUGCAAGAGGGUAGGGGAGGGAGAAGGAGAAGCUUAAAUUCUAUUGUUGCACUGUAUGUUUGCAGUUGUUUUCAGCUUGCAAAUGAUUGAUGUCGAGCAUACUUCCCUCGCUCUUUUGCCCGAUGAAGACACAAAUAUCCUUUCCCUUGUAAGAUUGCGUUGUAAAAAAAAUUGAAUGAGUUUUUCUACUUUCACGAGAAAACAUGAAGAAACAUGACGACUAGAAAACCACUGUCUUGCUUCCCUCCAGUAAGAUCCCCGACCUACAGGAAGGAAGACGAAGAUGAUAGGCAGGUCCUUCGAGUCCUAGUAGAAGGACGGCUUCGAUCUUCUCGAAGUCUGGACCUCAGAGACUCCAGCAUCUGACGAAGAUGAUAGGUAGGUCCUUCGAGUCCUAGACGGCUUCCGAGUCCGAGAAGGACGGCUUGCGAGUCCGAGAAGGACGCUCGGAAGUGAGAUAGCCGAACGCGACGACUACAAAUCUAAUCGAUGACGUAACUUCAACUCUUCUUCGAACUUGUCAACAUACUGAAAGAAGAGACAUAUUACCCCCUGCUUCUCUUCUUUCAACCGCGCACACGGACGAUCGAGAAAGAACCAUCCAUCUUCUUCCUUGCGCGGACGACCGAGAAAGAACCACCGAUCCGCGUCGCACAGUUGUGGAAAGCAAAGACUUGAGUUGUCAAAAUGACUUCCUUACGCUACUGCACUAGCACUUGUUCUGCAGGGAUGCUCCUACGUGUGGAUUUCCGGAGAGCCAAUUCUGCGGGCUUUAUCGAACAGUUUGCGCUUGCCGCUGAAGCCAACGGGUUUGACAUCACAUGUGGCGAAUGCUAUGUAGUCGGUGAUGAUAUUGGGGUCGGGAAUUUCACACUGGAGUAUAAUCUUCUAAAUCUAAAUCUCAGGAGGAAGAGGACCUUGCAGCAACUUAGUAGUUCGCCAUCUGACAAGACCCAUUCAUCUUAUUCUACUUCUGCAGAAGUCACCACCAGCACAACAGACGAGAACGAUUCGCGUGAAGAUGUAGUUCCCCUAGACUGGCUGCGUUCGCUUUUUGAGGAUGCUGCAGUUAGGAGAUGUACGAGCGCGCAGGUGAGACCAGAGGUUGAUACAGACUUAAUCGCUGUGCAAUGCUGGGAGAGAUGUGCUCCGUCGCCUGGCAUUCCCCCAAGGUGGAACAUCGAAAUAAAAGCACUUAAUCAGGCCGGUAUUGGAUGUUUUCUACUGGGCCUACGAUGUCAUCAACAUUGUUGACAAAUCGUUGAUCUUGUCCUGCAGUGUGGUGAAGUUUGCCGUGUUUGUUUAUGUUUCUUGGCUAGAACAGAAAAGGCUGACCGUGAUGUAGUAUACACACUCUUUUUAUAUUACACCACUCAUUUUUGAUCUCGGAACAAAACCCUUCUCAGGUUUACUCGCGCACGUCUGUUCCAUCAUUGCAAGUGCGGGGUUUGACAUCAUUCAUGGCGCUUUUUCGGACGCAAAAGCUGAGGGCCCGAUGGUGACUCUUUGCUUUCGCUUGCAAUGGAUCACUGUGCCAAAGAGGGAGUCUGCCGCUCAGCUACGCGAUCAUCUCAUGACCUGGCAUGCGCGUCCUACUGCUGUAGAGCCUGGAGUACGACGACGACAAGGAAAUGAGGUGGGCGAAGGUGAAGCUGAUGAAAGUGAAGAUGCGCCACGUAUUAAGGGUGAACAACAAGCUGCAGGAGAAGGAGGAGACGCACUGGUAGAAGUCGUUGUAGAACAAGAUGGAGCUUCAACAGAGCUGGUGGACAUUGAAGCAAACAGUUCUAGUACAAUUGGUGUCGAACAACAAGAUGAAAGGCGGGGUGAAGAUGAUAAGAACGAUGAACAGGUGAAUACUGCUCAAGAUGGCAAGAUGCCGGCGAUUGAGAGUUCUGCGACGUUGACGACGGCUUGCAGUGCUGACGAUUCGAUCUUGGUGUCUGACGCCAACAACUCUCGUUUUAGUAUUGCUGCGACAUCAUCUUCAGGUUCGGGGAAUAUUAAGAACAUCACUGCGAGUUGGAGUACUUCUGUUCUACUGGCACGCGCAGCAGCUGCUGGUGGAUCUGGAACCGCAGGUCUAGGAUGCUCAGGAGGAGCAGUUGGAGCAGGUCCUCCGUCUGCUGCAAAUCAUCAGGCUGUGGUAGAGCAAGAUGAGCAACGUCAGCUAGAAGAUGCAGUUGAUCCGAAAAGCACUUUUUACCGCGUCACCUGUGUGCACUCAAACGAUAUCCUGCUGGAGAGAGGCUCACCGCAAGUUGACUUGGCGUCGUUUUGCGGCACACCGUUGCACCCAAUGGAUGCUGGUGCUACAGGAAGUCAAAGCCUUGGCUUGAAUCUGAGCGAGGAGGAUUCUGGAGGGAGUAGAGCAUCCUCGGCUCGAAGCACCUGCGUGACGGUUGGGCGUGCGACUGCGCUUGCGGCGCCAACAUGCUUGUUUCCACCAUGGGAAGCGGGAGAAGGAGAGCAAGGACAGAAAAGUCCUACCGUAGCCGAAGGAGGAGAUGACUCACAACAGACAUUUCCUAGAAGUACGAGAAAAGUAGUAAACGAGUGGUCUUCAGCAUGGAAUUCUCGUCCUUCCGGUUGCGAUACGUUUGUUGUACAAUUACAGGGAAGUAGAACUCCACGCGCAGACGAAGCAGGUCAAGAACCUGCACAGUUUACGAAACAAGCCCAACAAGACCAGCAUUAAGGGUGGGUUAAAGGUGCUUUUCUUACCGCUUUUUAUGCCUCUUCUAAGGGAGAAAUGCAUAACAAGCGGGGUAAGCGAGCACCAAAAACCUACCUCUAACAGCACUAUCGACCACAACCACUGGGGUCGGAGAGAAUAACCGUCCCUGUCAUCUCUUCUGCCGGAUCCUUCGCAACCAGCAGUUGCAUAGAGGAAGAUUGCGCCCUCAGCUUUCUAGGUCAACAACAAGACCCUUCUUUAGACGGUCUAGGACUAGGGGGCCCUCUUUGUUUAGGAGAAAGUCAAGGCCUACGUCAACCUCCAGCAAUUGCAAUCAACGGUAUGGGGUGGACUCGGGGUACGACGGUGGAACAUUCCUGCUCUGCUAAUGAGGGAACCAUAACUUCUACAGAGGAUCUUCACGGAGUAGACACCAGCACCGCUUCUUGGGGUCUCGGACGUGCUAGUCCGAUGGGAGAACGUCUGCAUGAUGCAUUGUCUUUAUCUGACUGUAGCCUGCGAAAUUUUGGUUUUUUGCGUGGAUCUGCCGCAGGAUCGUCGGUAGGGGAUAUGCGCAGUCCCUACGCGACCUCGGGAGGUGGUCAGAGUCCGCGCGAGACAACCGGCACUCCCAGAGGAGGAGGAGGAGGAGGUUUGUUUCGUGCUGCCGAAAGAGAGGAGGAGGAGGACACAUUUAGCAUGCGUGUGACAAUCGAGCCAGGCCGUGGCGAUUCCUGUAGUGCGGUUGUGCUUGGCAGUAGCGGUAUCUCAAUCUCACGCGGUAUCUCCGCUUUGAGUGAAGGCGGUGGUCUCAACGACCUGGUGGACCUGUGCUCUGUGGAGAACAAGACCUGCGCUAACGAGACACGCGACAGCAUGAACAUCAGUGCAGUCAGAGCCUCGAUUGCCAACGUAGUGGAACGGUCUCCAGGCCUCUCUUCUCGUUCCGGCUCAUGGAUGGGCUCAUUGCUUGUAAACGAUCCUCGUAGUCGUGUUGCUGUUGCAUCUCCUGCUGGAGGAAACAGUGUUGCUGCUGAAACAGGAGAUGAAGCACAGAAGAUGUUGAAAGGUACAGGUUGUAGGGCAUCUCCUUCGUCUUGUUCUCCAAGAAACAAAAACAAGAGACGAGAUAUAAUUUUUAGGAGUCCUCGGAGUCGGACGACAGAAAUUAUAGAAGCUCCACAUCCUGCUGGAGAAGGCCGCUCAUCUCCACCCGGAGAAUCUUCUAGUACAGCAAAAGCGUCUGCUCAUCAACGUCCAGCUGGUGAUGACAACACUACAGCUGCAGCAAGUCCUUUAUUACCUACAACAGCGACACAAACAACUGGCACCACUAGGAAGAUCAGCAUCUCGUUGCUAGUACCUCACAGGAAAUUGGAUGCUGGUUCAAGUGCCGUGUCUUUAGGUGGGAGUGGUCUGUCCACUAGCCGUGCGACGAUUGGUACUGUGGCAAAGAAGCGUGUCCCGACACACCUCAAUGCCUUGAUGUCAUUCGAGAUGAACGAAAACACUCGCGCAGCUGCCGAAUUGUACAAGCGUCUUGACUUCUCUGCCUCCAGCGGCAUCAAUGACUUCUUAGCCCCAAAGAGCAGCUUGUCUUCCUGGCCAACUCACAGGAUAGAGCACGCGAGUCAUGAAUGGAGGGCUUUGGUGUUUGCUGACACUAGUAGUAGCACUUCAUCUACUAAGAGUACAACUCGUAAUGUUGGUGGUGGUAGCAGCCGCUCUCGCUCCCCUUCUCCCUCCGGCACUUCUCAGGCUGCGCGAGGAGGUUCCCCCGGAGAUCGAGAUCAUUCUGCUGAGACGAGCACAUCAGGAGGGAAAGCCACUCAAAAAGCUCGUGGGUCAACAGCUAGUACCUCUUCAAGCGAUCUUCAUCGAAUCAUGAACGCUUCGUCAUCGAGUGCAACCGAGAGCACAAAGGCGAGCUCCAGUAGUGCAUUUUCAUCGUGCUCCUCAUCAAACCGACCUCAAGAACAGCAUCAUAGCAAAAAUAGAUCACCUCCAGAUGAGCCUGGUCCGACCCCCUUAGAGGUUCGUGAAGUGGAUUUUCACAAUGGAGACAGGUACAUUGGGGAAAUCCUGGACGAAACGAGACACGGUCAUGGCGUGUAUACCUAUGCGCCUGUGCCCACAGCACGACUGAGAAAGUACGAAGGUCAGUGGGAACAUAACGCCAAGUCGGGACAGGGGAUUCUAUAUUGGCUAAACGGGGACUGCUACGUAGGGAACUGGAAAAAAAACAAGAGAAAUGGGUAUUGAUUUAUAUACCUUCUGAUAAUCUUUAACUUAGUGUAUCUCUCUGCUCUUAGACUUAGAGCCAUUCUUUGUAUUUGCUUCACCAUGCAGACUUUCUUAAAGAUAUUCGUCGCUGAAUUCUGCUCAUCAACACAGACAGAACUGUCAAUUCAUCCACUCUUCACUUUCUCUGCCAGGCCUGGUUUCUUCGUAGGUGGUGACGGGAGCCACGGAAGCCUACCUUCUACGCGAUAUGAGGGUGAGUGGUUGAACGAUCUGGAGCAUGGUUUCGGCGUGCAGGAGAGCAACAGUGAUUCCUAUUUCGGACAGUUUGAGAAGGGAGCUCGUGUUGGCAGGGGCAUCGAGUACAAUGCGCUCACAGGGGUGUUUGAUCUAGUCGACCGCUCUUCAAAUAACAGUACAUGCUGUAUUAAUGCCUCUAGCACAUCUUCAAAAUCAAGUUGUACUGGCACAUCAAGCACAUCAACAUCAGGAGGUUCACGAACAGAGAUCAGUCAGGAGACACAUCUAGCGGAUAUUUUUCGCUAUCUCUCGUUCGACGUGGAAGCAGUAGGGCAGUUCACGGGGAACAUUCAUCGGCCACUGCCGACGCUCUAUCUCCUGGAAGACCUCGUCAUUCCGCAAGACUGCUGUACUUUUUUGAUCAUUUUCGAUCGAUGGAGUUUUUCGUACUGGAAAGAUGGUAGUAGUUCAUUCUAGUAGGCAAAUUAAAUCAUCUUCAGCAGGAAUGUUUUUGAUGAAUAUUGAGUCCAUGGAAGGCCACCCAACACUUUCUGUUGCUUGCUUCGUAUUCUUCUUGAUUCCCCAACAUCUUCCUCACAACAUAAUGUUUUCAGCCUCCGUUCUGCAGCGCUAUGUUUUUAAGAAGCUGAUCUUUUGCAUGGCAGAGCACCAGCGAUCCGUGUGCAACGUAGAAGCGUUGACCCAUUUGGGCGCGAACGUGAGUGCGAGCUACGGAGUCGAGCGUCCCAUUCCUGGUAUGCAUGAAAUCCCUGCUAAAGAGAUCUCGAAAGGUGGCUUCAUCUCGAAAGGCGGCUUUGGAACGGUGUAUAGAGGGGUCUGGCGACCAAGUGGUGGAGGAGGAACAGAGUUGAAAGAACGAGGAACUACAACCAGUGUAAUCAGUGGAACGUCAAGAGGAACAGAGUUGAAAGAACGACGAACUACAACCAGUGUGGUGUCUUUCUCUGCAGCUGCUCCGAAUACAACAACUACUUGUGAAGAAGUAGAUAGUCGUCCUCCCGUUGCUCAGAGAACUAGUAUUGCUUUUCGUAAUCUUCUACGACAAAUGGGUACUUUGGUUUGUGGUGGGUCGUCCUCGUCGACACGGCCUUCGUAUCAUGAGGAGGCUAGACUGGAGCUGGACGAACACCACAGAAGUUCGCGGUCUCCCUCUGAUGGUGUUGAGAACAACGAGAACAAAGGCUCCGCAGUGGCUCCUUCUAGGGGGUCGAGCACGAGAAAACCAUCCACGAGUAGUUUUCUCAAUGCAAAAACGAGUACUAUAAACGGAGAUCAUCAUGGUGCUGAUACGGCUAGGAGACCAGAUGAACAUCAGGAAGAUGCUGCCCCUACAGCUCUGCGGAUGUCUCUCGCGAGGCGUGUGAGUUCAAUAGUAGGUGCAGCAGCGGGCGCCGUUCUGCCCGAAAGCGCUACGAAGUCCCGCGUUCUCGCAAGUGUCGGAGCACUAGAUGCGGACUUCCUCUCGCAAAAUCGUUCCAGACGCCCGCUUCGUGUUGCUCUGAAACAGAUGCAGAUGCAGCCAACGCGACGCGGCGACGAGCGACUAAGGAUACGGCGUGAGUUUGUGAAGGAGGUCACAGUGCUCCAGGCCCUUCGGCAUCCCAACAUUGUCCGCUUUCUCGGGAUAUGCCGUAUGCCUAAACAAGAUAAGGAGGAUGAAACGACUUCAAAGGAAAAAGCUUCUUCUACUUCUGCACUAGAUGGACAAAAUCAUCAAGGUUCUCAAUCCCUGGUAAAUAAUUUGAGUACAACUUCUACUACUUCCAGGCCUGUACUGGACGAGUUGCUUGUCGUGGAAUUUGUGCCUUACAACCUGUUCGAGCUGAUCCAUACUAGCAAAGGACUUUUUGCGUCUGGCGGUGGUAGAGAUAUUAAGGCUGCCGCUGAAGCAUCCUCAACAUCAUCCUUGGCUCUUUUUCUACUUGGUUGUGAUGAAAAAGAAGCUCCCAAGGAUAUGACUCCCAUAGAAGAUGCCAGUGCGGUAGCUCUAAAGAUAGCAACGUGGACUGCUGCUUUCAAGCGUGCGAUCCCUGCGCUGCUUGGCUCCGCAAUCAAAUAGUGCUAGAUGAGGUUGACAGGGAAUUCAACGCUCUUGCAACUCAAAGAGGAGGAUAUUACAGGAGGAAGAACAGAAAGAUGAAUGAUCUUGGCGUGACUCAGAAGAUGAUCAAGGACACCGACACACAACUACGUAGUACAUCAACUUGUGAACAAGAUAUCACUCGCUGUACUUCUACUACUGAAGUAAAAAUAGGCAGUACGGGCUCUUGUGAUGGCAGCAGAGACACAACUGCACCAGCAGCGCUUGGGGAGACCAGCAACAGCAAAUGCAAUGACACUUCUGAGGCACAAGAGGACGAGGACGAGGAUCCUCCCUUCAGGGGUCUCUAUGGCGAUGGCGUGGACCCUCUCUUAAAGUUGCAGAUUGCCCUAGAAGUUUCGCGUGCUUGCGCGUACCUACACAGUCUAGGAAUCGUCCACGCAGAUCUAAAAUCGCCAAAUGUACUCGUAGAGGUGGCUCACGACUGGGAGCAUGAUGAAGAAGAGGACUUCAUUGGUAAAAGUAGUGAAGUAGGAGGAGGACAUCAAGCAGGAGACCGAGGAAUAGUGCCCCAGCAGGUGGGGUGUGACAACCUCUCAAAUAGACAUCCUAGAAGAUGGAAUCGUCGCGUGCGUGCAAAGGUGUGUGAUUUUGGUCAUGCGGCGAUCCGGAGAAACCCUCGUGGGCAUCACAAGCUCGGCACCCCCCAUUGGGCAGCACCAGAAGCGGUACGAGGGGAGAGUAUUGCCUUUCCCGCUGAUGUGUGGUCGUUUGGUAUGAUACUGUGGGAAGUGUUGCAUCGCAGCAUUCCAUUCACCGGAUACAGCUUUGGAAGCGUGAUCGCCGCUAUUGGGUGGGGCCGCCGCGUACCUUCUCUAGAAACGGUACCAAAAUCCGCUUUUGUACUGGAAACGCUGUCCGGUCCAAAGCCCACAAAAAACAAAACGAAAACAACUUCAUCUUCUUCUAGUGGUGCAACUGUUGGCAGUAGAAGUGCUGGAACGUCUGGUAGACAAAACUCUUCUUCGGAAUCAGAAGAUCAUCUUACCACUGAAGACACACUAGAAUAUCGAGAGAAGGUGAUCCUCAGAGUCCUCACAGGCUGCCUAGAACUCGAGGUAAGUGACCGGAUCGAUUUUUCAUCCGUUGUGGAAGAAUUGAGUCUCCUGUGGCGUGUUGACUGAUUUCAGAAUUACUAUUUAAGUUACUAUCCUUUGGCGUGUUGGCUGAGACUGAUGAGGAUUAUAAGUCUGUAAUUCACAGGUUCUCUGUGACUCAUCUCAAAUUGAUUACUUCCUUCCUAACUUUCGCUGGCACUUAUCUCACGCUUCAUCCGUCAUUUUGAU